AUGAUCGCAACUGUUGAUCAGUUUGUGUUAUCUAUUUCAGGUUUGCUAGGCUUGUGGUUACACACUAAGAACAUUUCACGGUUAACGAAGAUAAGUUCUAUUUUACCCGAUGGUUUGAAAAAGUUUCAUUAUCAUUUGGUUGCGGCUUGUUUGGGUGGCAUUGCAAUUACACCUUUAAGGGUAAUCGGUAUUUAUCAAAAAGGAUGGCCUUUUGGUCAUUUUGGCUGUCAGUCAUAUGCAUUUGCUGGAAUGUUUUUUGGAAUGACAUCAAUUUAUUUGUCGUGUUUUAUCUGUUUCUUCACUAUGGUUGAAAUAUUGAACUUAACCUAUAUCCGUCAUUUCAUAUCUCAUCAAUAUAAUUACAUUCCUUUUGGAAUUUGGAUGAUCGGUGCAUUGUGGGCUAUUCUACCACUCUAUGGAUAUGGCAGAUAUACAUUAGAACCUCAUAACACAUCAUGUCUAUUGGACUGGACUAAUAUGGAUAAGAGCAUGAAAUUGUAUAUGUUUUCACUAAUUAUAUUUGGUUAUGUACUUCCAUUCGGUAUCGGUAUUUGGUCACAAUAUAAACUGAUACAGCAUACAGUAUCGGAUGAAAAUAAAAAUAAGAAGAAGAACACUACAAAGAUUGAGAUUCUUAUAAAGGUAGAUUUAUUUAUUUGA